GCCAUCCUCAUUCCUCUUAAGUCGAUCGAAGCGCGCUAACGUGCCCGCGUAGAGUCCGUGUAUAUGUGCGCGCGCGCGUUCAACUAAACGAACGAUUUCAACGAGCAGCGACUACAAAAACCGUUUGUUUUGCUAUUGAAACAUUCUCGAUUCUCGUGCGCGUUUGGUGUACAGUGCUGUGGAUCAUGUUUUGCUGCGGAAGUGUGCUGAAUGGAGUGCUUUAAUUGCAUGCAAAGAAAUAAGCAACACUAUCAAGUCGCACCGCAUUCGCGUUCCAUUCUGAUAGUAACGCGAUAGUGACAGUGGGUGGCGCCUCCCUCUAAGUGUGUGCAACAAUUGCACUGUAUCGUCUGUGCCGGGCGCGCGCUGCACACUUUAUCAGUUGCAGUUUAUUUUCGCUCUGACCUUCCCGGUCGACUCCCGGAGCAAUUGUGUGUCCAGUGUAAGGUUGUGCGGGGUGCAAGUUCUGCCGGUGGUUAUUGAAAACGGAAAAUAAAAGCCAACCAGUGUCCAAGAGCGAUAAGGGUGAGCGAGCAACGGUGCUGCUGAGGCUGGCCCUUCGUUUCGGUGGCUGGUGUUUGCUGAUGAUCGGCGUUGUGCUCACCGAUUCGGCGCCGGUCGCAGACCGGUCGAAAGCAAACUGACCACAAAAGGCAAGAAAACAGUGCAACAUAGUGAGUGAAAAUAAAAGUAGAAGGCACCAAAGCUCUAUAACAGUUUGUUUUGCAGAGCUGUGCUCCGAAAACAAAGAAGGCAACGAUUGUUGCGGUGACAUCGCAGCAGAGUGAACAAGUGAAGUUACAAAAACGAAUGGAAAGAAUAAAAAAAAACAUAGAAGUAAAACAAAAAGCACUGUUUGUACAGCAGAUGUUGGUGAAAAUCGGUAUCGCCCCGCUAGUGGUUGGCUAGAAAUAAUAACAUAUUUGAAAGGAGCGUCCCUUUCGGGUGAUGUGAGUGUUUGUGCAUUUGUGCAUUGUUUGUCCAAAACCAAAAUCAAAGUGAAACAUAACAAUCAAACAGCAAGGGAGAGUUGGCAAACAGUUGGUUAAAAAAAUCAUUCCUCUAAAAAGAGAAUCUAAAAAAAGCAAUUGUGUCCAAUCAACUCUAAUCUAGCGAUGUGUAGAAAGAAAGAAAUCAUAUUACAACAAUACACACACAGUAAUACAAAAGUAACCAUCCCAAAGUGAAGGUUAUCAAAACGGAUGUGCAAAAUUUCCCUAAUGUGAGUUACAGUUUGAUUGUGGUGUGAAAAGUGUACAAUAACAUCAGCAAAGUGUUCUAAAUUUGUGCUGAUAAGAGAAGCAAAAGUGCACCACAACAAAAAAAGCCCAACAUUCGCGAUUUAAGUGCGCAAAUUCAGUUCCAAAUUGAAAAGAGAACAAAUUGUUGAAAAAUUACUUUCGUCGUGCGGCCACAGCUGUGUGCUAUCAAAAAGCCGCAGUUUGUGAUCCAUCCGAAACAUCCAGCAAAGCGAAGCGUAAAGUGGCUUUGAACGAAGCCGCCAAUUAAACGGUUUCUAUCACCAGACCCGAAGGAGCAGCACCAGCAGCAACACAACACACAAAGAUGCUGAAGCACGUGCAGAUCUCGCCGAUGCGCAGCCGGGCCGACUCACUGUCCAUGCGGUCGUCGACGUCCUGUGCGUCGUCGCUGUGCGGCAGCCCGGAGCCACCCGGGGGCGAUCCGCUUCGCAGCCAUUCGCGAGCGUCCAGCUACUCCAGCCUGAACGAAACCAUUCCCCAGACGACAAUCAAAAUCUACACGGCCUGUUUGCGGCAGGACAUCGAGUACAAAACGUUGGGGAUUUCGUAUGAUGCCACCAGCAAGAGCGUCGUCCAGCAGGUUCUGCGAAGGUGCAAGAUGCGCCAUCGUGACCCGAGGCUCUUCUAUCUCACGAUGGAAGUCACCGUCCGUCGGCCGGGUGUCAAGUCCGUGCUGGAGCUCGAUGACGAGGCACGGCCAGCGCUCCUACAAGCCUGCCACCCGAAAGGUGACUCCAGGUUUUGUCUUCAGCAAAAGCCCGGCGGUCUGAUACGGGUUCACACGUCCGCGCUCCAGCCCAACUCCCAGUACAAGUCGCUGCUCAUCUCCGAGGAAACAACGUCCGACGAGCUGCUGUCGCUGCUGCUCUCCUGCUACAACUCCAUCGAGCCGGUGGAACAGUUCUCCCUCUACGAGGUCUGCCCCGGCCAGGAGUACCAGCGCAAACUGCACCCGGACGACCUGCCGCUCAAGACGCAACUCCAGCGCCAGCAGAAGGGCGAGAUUAUGCACUUUCUCGUACGGCGCAAUCCCAACUACCCCCGGCGCCGGCAACUGCUAGCCACCAUUGCCGAAUCGAAACACUUUAUCCUGAACACAUCGCUCGACUCGUCGAACGCUUCCCACCCGGCCGCUCACCACCAUCUGCAUCUUCAGCAGCAGCAACAACAACAUCACCAUCAUCACCUCCAUCAUCAUCGGUUGUCGCUUCAUUCGGGCAGCUUCUCGCUCGGACCGUCCGGUACGCCCACCAACACCUUCAUCUCGGACAUUGUCGAUGGGCUCAGCUCGCUGAAUGAUCUGCCCGCCGAGGCGAAAAGCUUGCGGCUAAAGGAGACCAGCACCUUCUGCCCGGUCUCGCUGGACGAUUCGGCCGCCUCGACCGACUCGAACGACUCGACCGAAUCAUCCUCGUCCUGCUCCUCCUUUUCCUCCCUCUCGUCCGACUCUUCCUUUGAGGAGCCGGAAAAGUCGAGCACGGCUGGCGUGAACGACACGCCCGUGCUGCCCCCACCGCCCGAGGUGAAGAGCAAAAACAGUGCCCAACAUCAGCAGCCUCCGCCGCGGCCAGCCAAAUCGUCGACCAUGCUGGCGGCACUCGCACGUCCCACCUCGCUCCUGCCCGCCUCAACGCUGGCGGCCCCCUCGUACAAUCCCGUGUACAACAUACGGGAAAUUCGCUCCAUCAGUCAGUCGUUCGCGGCGCUCGCCAUCGACAAGAAGCUGGCCGACAACAUUCGGAGCAGUGCCGGCGGGGUGAAAGCGCCCAACACUGCCGAGAGUGGUCUCACGCGGGGCAGCAGCAGCAACGGCAGCAGCAGUAACAGUGCACUGCUGAAGGAGAUCGUCAACACCGACCCGGCGAAAGGUGUCGGUAACUUUGUCUACAUUUAGGCGCUUUGGCGUGUUGGCAAUGUGGGGGGUGCAAACGAGUUAGUUUUUAUUGCCGGCGCGUGUUUGCACGAGUGGGGUUUUGUUUUGUUUUUAAAUGUUGCUAUCAUCCUAGUCUUAGCUGUAAUCGUAAACAAACGAGCAUCAUCCGCACGGAAUGGCUUCCCCGGACUCGGUUGAAUGGAAGCAUUAAAAGUGCGCCCGUUUCGUGCAAGCAAUUGUAUUGUAUCUAGAAGCUGGCACAGGGCCGGAAUCGAAACACCACUGUACAGAACUUACCACAGGUUGCGAUAGGAUAGGAAGAGAAGCUAUAGGAAGCCAAAUCAGGAGAAAAAAAAAGACAGAAAGGCGAACGCACGGUUCACGAAACAGGAGAAAGGUAAAGGGUUUUGUUGGGAAAUGCGAGAAAGGCAGAAACAAUCAAUACAACCCAGGCAGGAUGGUGAACCGGCGUGUUGUGCUGCAUGCCAAAGAGUUUUUAACACUGUAAAUGUAUAAGAAAUUAUUGUAGGACACGACAGAGCCCACGUACGUACGUUUAGUUUUACAAAUCAUAUGUGCACCAUUAGCCAAAGCCAACGAAAUCAAACGACGUGCGCACGGCACGGAACACAAAGCUGCGACCUAUGCAGAGCGCCGGCACUGGACCGGGUUUCCGUUCGCCAGCCAGCAAAACUAUAGAAAUACCAAAUGAAUGUGUCCUGCGGCGAACGAACUCACAGUUUGCCUUCUAUACGAUUUUCUAUUGUUUUUCUCCGCACACAUCCACACUGUCCCUUUAAUGCUGUCUCAUGGAAAGUGCAUGAAAUUAUUGUUUAUUUUUUAAUAUACCCACUUGGUCAAAAGAUCCCACUAUGUAUGGAGCUGUAUUCGAGGAAUUGUAUUUGUUACAUCUAGAACAUUUAAAAAAAAACACUCUAUCGCUUAUCUCGUUCGAAUGUAUUUUAUAAACACUUUGUCUCUAUCUUUCCCUAUGCAAUGGAAGUGUCUAUCAGAUGUAUUUUAUUAACUCGUAAGUAAGUUAUCAAACCUCAAAUAUAAAGUAAAGAUAUUAUGAAAAUGAA